UAAUAAAAUAAUAGAUUAGAAUCUCUAGUGGCCAUCAUUAUGAAAUAUUCUUCUCCACCACCACAACAUCUUACUCUUCUUCAUGUGCUUAUUUCUCCAUGAAAGUCUUCAUGAAAAUUUGACAUUAUUCUAAACGACAAUCACAAAACAAAACAACAAUCGUUGUUAUAAUCCACUCUGAUUUCCAAAGAUUUAAGGAUUCAAUCCAUCUGUUUCAUUUCAAUUUUCAUCUGCUACCGAUUUAAGGAUUCAAUCCACCUUCUUCUGAUUUCACCGUCAUUCUUUUACACCCCCAACUUCUUCCAACUUUCAUCCCAACCUCCCCAUCUUCUGUUUCACUCAAUUCCCCUUGAUUAGAAUGAUUCCAGAUACUCUUACUCCGGCUAAUGACUCCGACGGUAUCCACGAUGGGCUUCGAGAGCAUCUACUUGUGGUGAAUGAGGAAAUUGAAAAUAGAGGGGUGGAUGAUCAUGUGAAGAUUCGGAUACGUAAUUUGACUAAUCAGAUUCUCAGAGGAAUCAGUGUGGAUAUACCUAAAGGGAAGAUCGUUGGAAUUAUAGGGCCAAGCGGCGGUGGCAAAUCAACGACCCUUAGAGCUCUUAAUCGGCUGUGGGAGCCGCCGGCGGGUUCCGUGUUUUUGGACGGCCAAGAUAUUGUCAAUCUCGACGUUCUUGGUCUUCGCCGGAAAGUCGGGAUGCUCUUCCAAAUUCCUGUUCUCUUUGAAGGUACUGUUGCUGACAAUAUAAGAUAUGGACCUCAGUUGAGGGGAAAGAAGCUGAGUGAUGAUGAAGUUCAUAAGUUACUCAGUCUAGCAGAUCUUGACUCGUCCUUCUUUAGCAAGAUCGGCUCCGAACUAUCCGUUGGGCAAGCUCAACGUGUUGCGCUUGCUCGAACCUUAGCCAAUACACCUGAGGUAUUGUUGCUAGAUGAACCAACAAGCGCAUUGGAUCCUAUCUCGACCGAGAACAUCGAAGAUGUAUUGGUGAAGCUGAAGACGAAAUGGGGAUUAACAAUCGUAAUGGUUUCACAUAGCAUCAAACAAAUCCAGAGAAUUGCAGACAUAGUUUGCCUACUCGUGAAUGGGGAGAUUGUCGAAAUUCUACCACCGAACAAACUCUCGGAAGCAAAGCACCCGAUGGCUCUCAAGUUCCUUGAACUCAGCUCUUGAAAACAACGUGCAUUGUUGUUGUUAUGUCCUCUACUCCUGAAUGUUUGUUGCCUCUAACAAGUCUGGAAAAAUAAGCAACUGUUGUAUUCUAUUAGUGCAAGGUGUGAUAACUGUUAUCUAGAUGGAAGUCAGAUUGAGCAUCGGGAUGAAGAAAGGGAAGAGGAGUGUUAAGAGUGAAAAUUUGUAGGAAGGAAUGGCGUUGGCAAAGUGAACCAAUAGGGGCGGGGACCGAUCCAAUGGUCUGCUCUGAUGCACGCAGGCUCCCAACAUCAGUCACGUGCUAGGUUACCUCCCGGACCCACAUUCACUCCUGCCACGUCACGAUCCUCCCUUCUACAGUAAUUUUCUUUUCUUCUUUUUUUAAUUUACGAAAAUGUUUAAUAAAUUAAAAAAAAAAUUAUAAUGUUAAAGUAAACAGCUUUUAUGUUUGUUUGGA